AUGCUUCUCGCCAAGGGCCUGCCCGCUCUGAAUGUGCGGUUCAGCAGUGUUAUGAUCGUCGGCCUGCUGGUUGUCUUGUGUGUUCAGGCGGCGCGCUACUGGCAGCAGGGCCACUCUCGAGCAUUUCUCGUCGACGUCAAAUACAACAACGUGGUCGGAGAGAUAUCGGCCGAGGAGGAGUACCUCGAGAGACUAGUCGACCUAUACGGCCUCACAAACCUGACGAAAUGGCAGGCGUGGAGGGUGCAGCCCUCAACCUCCGCCGGAGAGGAGAGCGGCCCUGUCACAGACGUUCAUCUCAACUUUGACUCGGCGCGCUCGCAAAAGAUUAUUAAUCUGCAGGAGCCAUACAGUGAGGACUUGCACGCCUCCAAGAAGCUGGCGCUGCCUGUCCGCAUCGGGGAGGGCCAUGAGUUUGCAGACUCUUCCGAGUUUUUGUUUGGCAUCUCGACUAGCUACGAUCGAAUCAAGGCGGGAGACUGGGCAAUGGUGCGGGCGUGGCAGCGAUGGCUGACCAAGGGCAAGAAGUCGAGCAACGGAGCCGGGCUUGUACUCAUGAUGGACCAGCUUGCGGACAAGAAGCUCCGCGAGGUGGACGAAAAGCUACACGCCGCGGGCAUCGACGCCUAUGUCAUGUCAACAGACGUGCCGAUGAGCAUGGCGAGACGAUACUACGAGCUGGUGCGCAUCCUCAAGACUUACAGCGCUACACUGGCGGCCAGCGGACAGCGGAAGCGCUGGUACGGCGUCAUCGAGGACUCCGUCUUCUUCCCUAGCCUGCCUUACCUGCGAUCGCGGCUAGCGAGCUACGAUUCCAACGCCCAAUUGGUUGUUGGGCUGCCCAGUGAGCGGGCGGACUGGCAUGAGGAAGCGGACGACAACGGCGGCACCAUUACGACCUCAGGGGGCGGCGCCCUGAUGCUGACACGAGAGGCUGUGUCCAGGAUUCCGCGACUGCCGUGUCUGGAGAGGGACGCGGGCGAGGACCCCGUGCGGCCGAAGCGAUGGGACGAGAUUCUGAAAAAGUGCAUGAAGAAGGCUGCGGCCAUGGACAUGCACAUCAUCCCGUCAUUGUACUCGCCGCGAGACGAACCGACCGAGCUCUACAUCGCGGGCCACGAGACGGGAGCGCGACCGCUCGUGCUGCACGACUAUCAUAGACGAUACAAGAUCGACGUGGGGAUGGCGCACCUCGUCACAAAUGUGUGCGGCGACGCGUGCUUCAUGCAGCGAUACCUUUUCCACGACAACUGGGUGCUCGUCAACGGCGUCUCCAUCAGCGAGCAUCCAGACGGACUCGAAUACCCGCAUAAGAAGGACCACCACCAGAAGACAGACGACGACCAGGAGGAGCAAGAGCAGGAGCAGGAGAAGGAGCGACGCCGGCCCAAGGUCACGGGCCAGCUCGUCAUCGACGACAAGGAGGAUGUGCAGCGCGUGGCCCUCUCGUGGACGGGGCGGCGCAAUGUCUGGGCAUUGCUCGACUCAGCCGUCUCCUCGGACGGGGAUGUCUGGCAGGCGUACCUGAAGAAGGGGGCACGGGGCGCGACGCCGGCGGCGGAGGGCGCCGAGGAAAUGGACAGCGUGAUUGUUCUGAUCUGGGAGUACAACAGACGCUGA